AUGGGGGCCAGUGAUGACUCUUCGUUCUUUUUGUAUGGAGUCGGGGAGCGGCCCGAGGCGCUGACCCUUGGUUCGCUGGUCUUGGAGAAAUAUUGGCAGCCGAUGAUUGCUCGUCACCACACCCAUGAAUUACUAGACGAAAAUGGCCUGCUUGAGCAUGCCUAUACCACCAAUAUAUCAAACGCGGUAUUCCGGGGCUACUCGCGUUUAUCUCCAGCCGUCGGCGUGGAGGCUGGCGAUAUCAUGAAUCUCGGUCUUGCAUACCACAAAGACCGUGAACGAAUCAUCGUGGCGGAAAAAGGGUCUAGAAUCACGUUGAAAGAGUAUGCUAGUCCUCCGCUCCUGAAUCCGUUAAUCAAUAUUGACUUGUUAAUACGCAGUCCUGAGGCAUUCCUCACAGAUAACAUCCUCACAACUCCAGCAGCACAGCAAAAGCUCAAACUAUGGCUCUCGGCCGCACAUAGUGCCUAUCUUCUCAACUUCAAGUUCGCUCGUCGGCCCAAGGUAUGGCUUUUGACUGGUCUAUACCUUCUGGAAGGGACUCGGGCAGUAGUAUCAAAUGGCCAGAGUGCAAAUAUAUCAGCAGGUGUCUCGUCGGCUAUAAUCGGUGCUCUAUCAGGCGUACCUGUUGGUGGGUCAGUCAGUCUGGGCGCCGGUUCGACAUGGGAAAUGGCUAUGGAAGUAGCCGACCCACAUGUCUGGGCAGCUCAGUAUCGACUGGUUGACGCGCGAUUCAUCAAAAUGGGCAAAGGCGGUAUUGAUGGGGUUAAACUACCAGCGUCGAUGGGACUAUAUCGCGAUAUCUUGUCUGUGAAUACAGCCCGAGGUGCAGGCGAGAGGGAAGUUGAACUUGGACUCGAGAUUGAGCAAGAUGAAUCAAUGAUAGAUGAUCAGGAUGGCCAGGAAGAGGAGGGGUAUGAAAAGAGGUUGGAACAGGCAAUCCAGAUGUUUGAAAAGGCGCCGAAGCACUUCUUGCAGUGA